UUAUUUGGCCAGAUUUUAAGUACUGUGCUGCGGUAUUAGAAAUCUGACGAAUUUCGCCACAAGAGUUCUGCUUGUUCUGAAAUUUUUCAUCAGCGACAAAGGUCAAAAUGAACGAAGAUUCACUCAUCCAAGUUGACGGCCUGCUGGUCAACGACUUCCUUCGCGCGGAAAAUGUUCGCGCGGCGAUGAAGUACCAACCGCGAGACGAUGACGUGUUCAUUGCCACAUAUCCAAAGUGCGGCACAACCUGGACCCAGUACAUCGUGUGCAACAUCUUCACGGGCGGCAACGCUCCGAACAACGUCACUGAUUUCCUGCUGCAGGCGCCCUACUUUGAUUUCAUGGGUGCUGACGCUCCGAAGAAGAUGCCGAGGCCCGGCGCUCUGAUGACCCACUUACCAUUUAGCAUGCGUCGCCACUCCAACAAGGCCAGGUACAUCUAUGUGGCCCGAAACCCCUAUGACUGCGCCGUCUCUUACUACCAUUACCUCCUGGGACACACGCCCAAGACCUGCUCUGACGUUUCCUUCGAAACAUUCGUAAAGGCAUUCAUUGCUGGACGCGUGCCCUACGGAGACUACUUCGACCACCUCAUACCUUGGUACGAGCACCGGCAGGAUCCCAACGUCCUCUUCUUCACGUACGAAGACCUCAAAAAGGACACAUCCUCGUGGGUGUUGAAGAUAGCCGACUUUCUCGGUAAACAGGAGUACGGAGACGCACUGCGGGCUGACUCCAAGCUCUUUCAGAGAAUCCUGGACUCCUGUAGCCUUGGCAACAUGCGGGAAGUCUUCGACUGCAGGUGCGACGGCUUUGUGGAUGCAUUGUUAGAGCUGCCUGAGGACAAGAGGCUCGAGUCCAUGGAGCUUUACAGGAAUAAAGGCGUCACCAAACAGGAGUCCCACGAGGGAUCGGGCCGCGUGCGCAAGGGCAAGAUUGGUGACUGGAAGAACCACUUCACGACGCCCGAGCUCUUGGACACGAUGAAGUGCUGGAUCGAAGAGAAGACGAAAGGCACAGACGUGAUGCGGCUUUGGGAAGACUUGAACCUGCCUUGACACGUUUGCGUUACACAAGCGAGAUCUCGUUUAGUGCACGUUUUUAAUCAGAAAGAACACCCAUCAGCAUAUGAAAAAGGGUUUGAAUAUUAGACACAGUGCUUGAACAGGGCCUCGCAGGGAAAUUGUUAUAGUAACGUCAUCACGAUCGCAAACGCCCGACCCAUAGAUAAUAACACUUGUGCACUUGUCUCACUCCAACGUUUUCUUAGUCGCUCAGUAGUCAUUAUCACAGUGUAGUGUAUAAAAUGUGGCGCUUAUAGUUCACUGCUGUUGGGCACAAGGCACAUAUAAAUGCUUAGAACAGGCACCAUAGCACCUACAGCUUUCCUGAUAGACGGAAGCUGCCGCGUCUAUUUUCAACUUCCCAUGUUUUUAUUUGAGACACAGACACCACCAACACUUUCAUUUGCUAAACCCUGUAGAGGACAAAAAUGUUUUUCGCUUUGAUUAUUGAUAUAUUCUUUUUAAACGUAGUAAUGCAAAUAUUGCCUACAGUAUUUUGAGAGGCAAGAAAAAUAAAGCUUACCGAAACACA